ACACGGGGAGGGUCGAUUGACUGACUGGUCGUCAGUGAUGUCCUGUUGCAGAAGCUGCGCACGUCGUGCCAGGGUCCGCGCGCGGCGGGGUCAGCAGUCACUCCCGGGACCCCCAGACUGCACGGUCCUCAUUCCCUCACCCAGUGCCGGGCCAGGAAGGUUGCGCUGGCCUAUUCCACGUGGAGGAAACUGAGGCACAGGAGUUAAGAACCCGCACUUCCCCGUCCAGGGGUGGAAGCUGGGCUCUGAGCCCCGCUCGUCCACACCGCCACCCUGGUCUGGGGAGCAGCACUUCUGAGCCACUGGCCUGAAAGCCCUGCCGGGCUUUCCUGGUCAGCAGGGCCACUUGACCCCCUGACCUUCAGCCCGUCCCCAUUUUCUCAGGCCUCCGGGACCGUCCCACGACCCGCAGGCACCGAGACCAUGGACAUGAAGCGGCCGCCCUGCCCCCGCCCCCUGCUGGGGGCCUGUGUCCUCCUCUCUUUGGCCACUGCUGCCCUCGUGGGGCAUGUCCUGCUCCACGAUUUCAUGGUGGUCCCCCGAGAGCUGCAUGACUUCUCCCAAGUUCCCAAGGAGAUGAACCAAGCUCACCAGCAGAGAGCCAGCGGCCCAGGGCCCCAGCCCAGCCUGGGAGCAGCACCCACACAGUGUGACGUGCCCCCCAACAGCCGCUUUGACUGCGCCCCAGACAAAGCCAUCACCCGCGAGCAGUGUGAGGCCCGGGGCUGCUGCUACGUGCCUGCAAGAUGGCGACCACGGGGCUCUCGGAUGGCACAGCCCUGGUGCUUCUUCCCACCCAGCUACCCCAGUUACAAGCUGGGGAACCUGACCACCACAGAGACGGGCUACACGGCCACCCUGAGCCGAGACACCCCGACCUUCUUCCCCAAGGAUGUCAUGACCUUACAGCUGGACGUGCUGAUGGAGACCGAGAGCCGACUCCACUUCACGAUCAGAGAUCCCGCCAACAGGCGCUACAAGGUGCCCUUGGAGACCCCGCGUGUCCACAGCCGGGCGCCGUCCACGCUCUACAGCGUGGAGUUCUCUGAGGAGCCCUUUGGGGUGGUCGUGCGCCGGAAGCUGGACGGACGGGUGGUGCUGAACACCACGGUGGCCCCGCUGUUCUUCGCCGAGCAGUUUCUGCAGCUGUCCACCUCCCUGCCGAGCCCGUACGUCACCGGCCUCGCCGAGCACCUCGGCCCCCUUCUGCUCAGCACCAACUGGACCAAGAUCACGCUCUGGAACCGGGACAUCGCCCCCAUGUCCGACGUGAACCUGUACGGGUCCCACCCUUUCUACCUGGUGCUGGAGGACGGCGGGUUGGCUCACGGGGUCUUCCUCCUGAACAGCAACGCCAUGGAUGUGGUCCUGCAGCCGAGCCCAGCCCUCAGCUGGCGGUCAACGGGCGGGAUCCUGGACGUGUAUGUCUUGCUGGGCCCGGAGCCCAAGAGUGUGGUGCGGCAGUACCUGGACAUCGUGGGCUACCCGUUCAUGCCGCCAUACUGGGGCCUGGGCUUCCACCUGUGUCGCUGGGGCUACUCGUCCACUGCCAUCACCCGCCAGGUGGUGGAGAACAUGACCCGAGCCCUCUUCCCCCUGGACGUCCAGUGGAACGACCUGGACUACAUGGACGCCAGGAGGGACUUCACUUUCAACACGGACGGCUUUGGAGACUUCCCGGCCAUGGUGCAGGAGCUCCACCAGGGCGGCCGGCGGUACGUGAUGAUCGUGGAUCCCGCUAUCAGCAGUUCUGGCCCCGCUGGGAGCUACCGACCCUACGAUGAGGGUCUGCGGAGGGGGGUUUUCAUCACCAAUGAGACCGGGCAGCCACUGAUUGGGAAGGUGUGGCCGGGACCCACUGCCUUCCCCGACUUCACCAACCCCGAGGCCCUUGACUGGUGGCAGGACAUGGUGGCCGAGUUCCACGCCCAGGUGCCGUUCGACGGCAUAUGGAUUGACAUGAACGAGCCAUCCAACUUUGUGAAGGGCUCCGUGGACGGCUGCCCCGACAGCGACCUUGAGAACCCGCCUUAUGUGCCAGGGGUGGUUGGCGGGACCCUCCGGGCAGCCACCAUCUGUGCCUCCAGCCACCAGUUCCUCUCCACACACUACAACCUGCACAACCUGUACGGCCUGACGGAAGCUUUGGCCUCCCACAGGGCCCUGGUGAAGGCUCGGGGGACACGCCCCUUUGUGAUCUCCCGCUCAACCUUCGCGGGCCACGGCCGCUAUGCCGGCCACUGGACAGGGGACGUGUGGAGCAGCUGGGAGCAGCUGUCCUCCUCCGUGCCAGAAAUCCUGCUCUUCAACCUGCUGGGGGUGCCCCUGGUGGGGGCCGACAUCUGCGGCUUCCUGGGCAACACCUCGGAGGAGCUGUGCGUGCGCUGGACCCAGCUGGGGGCCUUCUACCCCUUCAUGCGGAACCACAACGACCUGCACAGCCUGCCUCAGGAGCCCUACAGGUUCAGUGACGCGGCUCAGCAAGCCAUGAGGACGGCCCUCACCCUGCGUUAUACGCUGCUGCCCCACCUCUACACGCUGUUCCACCGGGCCCACACCGGGGGCGAGACCGUGGCCCGGCCCCUCUUCUUGGAGUUCCCCGAGGACCCCCACACCUGGACUGUGGACCGCCAGCUCCUGUGGGGAGAGGCCCUUCUCAUCACGCCAGUGCUCGAGGCCGGGAAGGUUGAAGUGACUGGCUACUUCCCCACCGGCACGUGGUACAACCUGCAGACAGUGCCAGCAGAGGCCCUUGGCAGCCUCCCGCCUCCACCUUCAGCACCCUUUAAGUCUGCCAUCCACAGCGAGGGGCAGUGGGUGACGCUGCCAGCCCCCCUGGACACCAUCAACCUCCACCUCCGGGCCGGGCACAUCAUCCCUCUGCAGGGCCCCGGCCUCACAACCACAGAGUCCCGCAAACAGCCCAUGGCCCUGGCCGUGGCCCUGACGGGGAGCGGGGAGGCUCGCGGGGAGCUCUUCUGGGACGACGGGGAGAGCCUGGGGGUGCUGGAGCGUGGGGCCUACAUGCAGGUCGUCUUCCUGGCCAGGAACAACACCAUCGUGAACGAGCUGCUGCACGUGACCAGUGAGGGGGCUGGCCUGCAGCUGAGGAACGUGACUGUCCUGGGGGUGGUCACGGCCCCCCAGCAGGUCGUGUCCAACGGCAUUCCUGUCUCCAACUUCACCUACAGCCCCCACACCCAGACCCUGGCCAUCCCUGUCUCGCUGGCGAUGGGAGAGCAGUUUCUCAUCAGUUGGUCGUGACCGGGGCCUGGGGUGUUGGGCGUUUACUGGAGGAGCUUGUGUGUCCAGCGGCUCAGCGCACCGUCAGCCGUGUGGGCCGGGGCUCAGAGCGCUUACCUGUCGCAUGGCGCUGACUUGCCUUCAACACUCAGAUUUGCUCACGUCUACCUCCUGUGCUGGGGCUCUGCUCUCGGCCAGUGCCCCCCUUUGAUGGCUUUUCUGCCCAGAUCCCAGGUCAGCUCAGGGCCCCGAGGGUAGCCUGUUUGGAAUGUUACCCUGGAAGCCUCUGUCUCCAUAGCUUGUCACCGGAACGCGAGAACGUCAGCUGCCACCAGCUGCCUGCGUGACAGCGGAGAAGGUGGUGUGUGGGACGGAACGUGGUACCUGCCCCCGGCACCUCUGGUUGCUCUGACCGGUGACAGGAGGGAUCUGGGUGGCUGCUGCAGGCUGCUUUCUGGGCACCUGCUCCCAACAGGUGGGGGUAUCCACCAGUCCGACGAGAGUGGGCCCGGGGACCUCGGGAGAAUUCUCAGGACUGGGGAAUCCUUGAACCCUAAGUGCAAUUCUUUUUAAUAAAAGGAACUUUUGCAGUCAA